CUUUUCUUUCCAUCUUUUCUCUUUCCUCAACAAUCAUCCUCAACGCUGCAAGAUGAGCUCUCAAGACCACGACGCACUUUCUGUCAAAGACCCCAGGAUCGCAUCGUCCGCCAACUCGACCAUGGGCGAGGACGACGCUGCUCUCGCAAAAAUGGGGUACAAGGCUUCUCUCGCAAGACGAUGGGGUCAACUCGAAUCAUUCGCUGCCGCCUUCUGUGCCAUGGAUUUCCUCGCCUGCUCUCGAUCUCUCAUCUUUCUCGGUAUCGAAGGUGGUGGACCUGUUGCUGUUUGGUAAAUCGCUAUCCUUGACAACAUGAUCUGGAAUUCGACUGUUUUCGACCUGGCGGCUAGCCGCAAUCGGCGCUGUCGGCCUUCCCAAUUUUAUCACUCUUCUUCACUGGAAUCCGGACCUCAAGCAACACACCACCCACCGCCACCAGCACAAAGAACAACCGAAAAGACAAAAGAUCAACACGUCAAGAAAAAGAAACCCACCUGGACAUUCCCUCAAACACUCGUCGAGCAUCCCGCCAUCCCAUACCUAUAUGGUCAAGAGUCUCGGUUCAAAAACACCCAAAUUCAUGAAAAAACGUGGACGACCACCCUCGUCGCUUGGGUGUUGAUGGUCAUCACCGCCGCUGUCCUGGCCGAAAUCUGCUCCGCCUUGCCUCUUUCAGGUUCGAUCUACAUCUGGGCGAGCGAAUCUGCCGGCAAGAAAUAUGCUCGCUUGGUCGGUUACAUCGUAGCCUGGUGGGCUUGCACAGCCUGGAUGACAUUCGUAGCAUCCGUCUGCCAAACUACUGCCAACUUUCUUCUCUCCCUCUUCACCCUCUACUCCUCUUCCCUCACGUCCACUUUUCCAGAAGGAACCCUCACCACGGAUAACGUCAAAUUCCGCGCCGUCCAAUGGGCUCUGGCAGAAGGCAUCUUGGUCUGUUGCGUGGCGAUGAAUUACCUGCCGCAGAGGUUGUACAAGUGGGUGUUUAGGGGGAGUAUGGGGUUGAUGAUGGUGGAUGCGCUUCUUAAUUUGAUCUGGUUGCCUAUUGGGGUGCAUAACUCUUAUGGGUUCCGAUCCGCCCGAGAGGUGUUUUUGGCUUACAAUAAUGGUACCGGAGCGCCCCAAGGCUGGAACUACAUGCUCGGCUUCAUAUUCGGCUCCGCCUCCGUCAUCGGCUUUGACGCCGCCGGCCACAUCUCCGAAGAGACCCACAACGCCUCCACCCGCUCCGCCCGGGGCAUCCUCCUCUCCGCCCUCGCCUCUGGCUUCUCCCAAUUCAUCCUCUCCAUCCUCUUCCUCUUCUGCCUCCCUCCCCUGGACGUUUACACGGCGUUCGGGGCGCAGCAGCCGUUUGUGCAGGUUUAUGAUUUGGCGUUGGGGCGGGGUGGGGCGGUGUUUAUGACGAGCUUGGCGACGCUUGGGCUUAUGCUCAACUGUUCGAUUACGAUCGUCGCUUCCUCUAGGCUUGUCUUUGCCGUCGCUCGAGAUGGGGUACUGCCCUUCUCGAGCUGGGUUGGAAGGGUGACAGAAGACGGAAGGCCAAAGAAUGCUGUGACGGUCAUCGCGCUCUUUGCUGGCUUGUUGCUUUGCACGAUCUUGCCGAGUGGGGCGGCGUUUACGAGUUUGAUCAGUGCUGCUGCUACCCCGACGAUCUCGGCGUAUGUGCUUAUUGCCUUUUGUCGAUUGUUCGUCACGCCCGAUGGGUUCAAGAACUCGAAAAUGGGGCUUGGUGGGCUUGCGAAGCCUUUCUAUGUCAUCACUAUUGUCUGGAACCUUGUCCUCUUUGCUGUACUCAUCUCCCCAUUCUACUUGCCCACCUCCGCCUCCAUCUUCAACUACUCCAUCGUCAUCUGGGGCGCCGUCACCAUCUUCGGGUUCAUCAGCUGGCUGGUCACCAGUCCUGAGACGUGGUUGCAUCAGGAAAGGGUGGAGAGGAUGAAGGAGGCAGCUGGUGGUGGUGGUGGGGAGGAGGAGAAGAGGUCGAGGUUUGGGGAGGUGCAGGAGGGGAAGAAGGAUGUGGUGGGGGAAAAUGUUGGGAUUGGCGGGGCGUGA